GCUUCACGUAGCAGUUUGGAAUUAAUAAAUCUCGAACCUGUCGAUGAGCUUUAACUAAUUUGGUUGAAAAAAAGCAUCAUUCUGAAAAGUAACAAGUGGAUGCGAAAAAUAUCUGAAGUGACUGUCUGGUUGUUUAGCCUCUGACUUGUUUUUGAGGCUAUAAUUUUCAGCGGGUGGAACUUUUUUCAAAGAAUUCCAGUUUAUUUUCUGUGUGCAUAAUCUUCAGCGGAUUCCUUGAGUGACAUUUGCAUUCGCAAAAGACUGCUAUCUUGAGGAACCUGUGAAAGUUAUUUUUUGGACUUUGUGUAUUGGACUGUGGAAAGGACAACUUUAAAUCGUUUUGAAAGCUUGUUGAACAAAAGAAGAUAUCUUCCAGUGUUUAGUUCACUCUUCUGGGGAGAAAGAAAAAACAAACUGAGCAUACAUGAGUACAGCCAGAACAGAAAACCCAGUUAUUCUGGGCUUGAAUCCAAAUGGCCAAAUGAGAGGCUCUGUGAAGCCAGUAGGUGGACCUGGUGGGGGUGGAGGGGGCACUCAGAUGACGCAGCCCACUCAGAUUAAAGCUUCCAGCACAAUCAACAACGGAAACUCUCAGCCUGUGACAACAGCAAACACAGUCAUUAAACCUGGGGAUGACUGGAAGAAGAAUUUAAAGCUUCCCCCGAAGGAUAUGCGCAUGAAAACUUCUGAUGUGACGGCUACCAAGGGAAAUGAAUUUGAAGAUUACUGCCUAAAACGAGAACUGUUGAUGGGCAUUUUCGAGAUGGGAUGGGAGAAACCAUCGCCUAUACAGGAGGAGAGCAUUCCUAUUGCUUUGUCUGGAAGGGACAUUCUGGCUAGGGCAAAGAAUGGCACAGGCAAGAGUGGCGCCUACCUCAUUCCCUUACUUGAACGUAUUGAUCUAAAGAAGGAUAGCAUACAAGCGGUGGUCAUCGUUCCCACUAGAGAACUGGCUCUACAGGUAAGCCAGAUCUGCAUCCAGGUCAGCAAACACAUGGGUGGAGUUAAGGUCAUGGCAACCACAGGUGGAACCAACCUCCGUGAUGACAUUAUGAGGCUUGAUGAGACAGUACAUGUUGUCAUUGCUACUCCUGGAAGGAUUUUGGAUCUCAUCAAAAAAGGUGUGGCCAAAGUUGGCCAAGUGCAGAUGAUUGUAUUGGACGAGGCAGACAAACUCCUGUCUCAGGACUUUGUGCAGAUGAUGGAGGAGAUUUUGAGCUUUUUGCCUAAACAAAGGCAAAUUCUGCUGUAUUCUGCAACCUUCCCACUAAGUGUACAGAAGUUUAUGACCUCCUAUCUGCAGAAGCCUUAUGAGAUAAACCUCAUGGAGGAGCUAACACUGAAGGGUGUGACCCAGUAUUACGCAUAUGUGACAGAAAGGCAGAAAGUUCAUUGCCUUAAUACUCUCUUUUCUAGACUCCAGAUCAAUCAGUCCAUAAUCUUCUGUAACUCAUCCCAACGAGUGGAGCUCCUGGCCAAAAAGAUCUCACAGCUGGGUUAUUCUUGUUUCUACAUUCAUGCCAAGAUGAGACAGGAACACAGGAACCGCGUAUUCCACGAUUUCAGAAAUGGCUUGUGCCGAAAUCUUGUCUGCACAGAUUUGUUCACGAGAGGAAUUGACAUUCAAGCUGUGAAUGUGGUCAUUAACUUUGAUUUUCCUAAACUGGGCGAGACAUACCUUCAUCGUAUUGGCAGAUCUGGUCGUUUUGGGCACUUGGGUUUGGCCAUUAACUUGAUCACUUAUGAUGACCGCUUUAACUUGAAGGGCAUUGAAGAGCAGCUGGGAACAGAAAUUAAGCCCAUUCCCAGCAGCAUUGACAAGAGUUUAUAUGUGGCAGAGUAUCACAGUGAAAGUAGUGAGGAGGUCAAGCUGUGAGAAGAGGUUGUUGGUCCCCAGCUUUCACCAGACCCUUCACCCAUUUCCCUUUUUCUCAUUGUGUCUUGGGGACUUUUUUAUCUUUCAUAUGCCCCCCCCCCCCUUCCUUUCCUUUUUUGUGCCACCAUAAGUAAAAUUCAUUAAAGCAGGACAGUUAUGAGGGGGAAGAAAAAUCAUGGCUAUUUAAAAGGACUGCUGCACUUCUCAACAUUGGAGGUCAUAAAGGACUGUAUGAAAAAGAGAGAAAUGAAAAGAGAGCAAAAGGCACUUUUUUUAAUUUUAUUUAUUGUUUGAAGAAAGUGUGAUUAAUCCCCAAACUGUACAUCUGCUGACCUUCACACCCAGGUCUUUUCAUCCUGCUCUGCAGCACGGCUUCUGUUUCCAUGGAUUUGGUUACUUGUAUGAAGUGCCUUAACAGUCAAACUUGUUAAAUGUCAUUUUUUUCUUUCCCUCGUCAUCUGGCACCAGCCAUAAUUUGGAA